CUUAAAUACUUUCAUCUAAUAGUUUUUCAUCUUCCGUUGUUGGCAGAAAAAAUACUCUUCAUCUUCAUUUUAUUACAGUAAUUUUUAUUAAGGUGAUAUUGUUAAGAUAAAAAAGACACAUUUAAUAUGAUUCAGUGUUUUAAUCGGAUUUUUUUUCGAAAAUUAAAAUGUCUAAAUAUUACUCACAAGCUUAAUUGGAGAACUUUCAGCUUUACUUUUCAAAAAUUUUCUGAACAGAAGCAAAAUGUUCAACAAUUAGUCUCUUUUGAAGAUAUUCGCCUGCAGAAACAUUUACAAUUUCUCAGUAAUUUGUAUGUUACAUCAGAAAAAAAUGAAAAUAAGGAAGUAUUUGGACAUAUAUUUAAUUUAGAUGUUUUAGGUCAUAUAAAUAAUUUGCUGCAAGAAAUAGCAACAACAAAAGAAGAAAUAAAAGAACUUGAGAUUUUUAUAUCAGAUUUAAAAGAAUUAAAAGAUGACUUAUACAAUGCAGCUGUAACUGAAAAACAGAAAUUUGAAGCAAAAUUAGAGGAAAUGGAGAAACAAGUAUUACAGUUGAUUAUUCCAUCAGAGAUAGUGGAUGAUAAAGAUAUAAUAAUGGAAUUAACACCAGGUGUUGGAGGUCAAGAAGCUAUGCUUUUUGCUAAAGACAUGUUUGAUAUGUAUUGCCAUUAUGCUAAUUGGAAAGGAUGGAAAGCUGAAAUAUUGAGAUAUGAUACUACUGAUUUAGGUGGUAUCAGAAGUGCUCACAUCUCAAUUAGUGGUGAAAAUGCUUUCAAAGUUCUUAAAUUUGAAGGUGGUGUCCACAGAGUUCAAAGAGUGCCCAAAACAGAAAAAGCAGGCCGAAUUCACACCAGUACUAUGACAGUAGCAGUGAUACCACAGCCAUCUGAGAUUGACAUAGUAAUUCAUCCAAGUGAUAUAGAAUUAGAAUUCAAGCGUUCUGGAGGAGCAGGAGGCCAACAUGUAAAUACAACAGAUAGCUGUGUAAGAAUAUAUCAUAAACCUUCAGGUAUAGUUACUGAAAGUCAAAUGGAACGCAACCAACAUCGAAACAGAGAACUUGCAAUGAAAGCUCUUCGUGCUAAGUUGUAUGAAAGAGAAUUGCAAGCUAUUAUAAAAGAAACUACAACCGCUCGUAAAAUACAGAUUGGAACUGCAGCAAGGUCUGAAAAAGUCAGAACUUACAACUUUGCUCAAGACAGAAUAACAGAUCAUAGAGCUCAUUUAACAGUACACGAUGUGCAGUCUUUCUUAAGAGGGGAAGAGGAUUUUGACUAUUUCUCUAAUAUGCUACAACAAUGGUAUAAUUUGCAGUCUUUAACGGAAAUACUAAAUAAAUAUGAAACGUGA